AUGGGAAAGCCAGCGAUGAAGCGACCCGCAGUUCGUGACGACGAGGAUGCCGUGUCCAUGCAUACGACGCCCGACGACUACGCCUACGAUGAUGUGCCCGAGCUGCCAUCCUACAGCGACAGCGAGGCCACUGCAUCAGCCUCUGGCGAUACUGCACACUUGCUACCACGAGAUGCACCUCCCGCAGAGGAGUACGCGGUCAUCAACCCCGGCGCAACUGGCUGGAGACAGUUCUCCAAGAACAACAAGCCUGGCAGUGACACCACAAUCCGCAUGGACGAGCGGCUAACCAAGCCCGAAGACCUGCACGACUAUGUAGUGAACUACCUCGCCCUCGUCCCACCGACUCCCAAGAUCCGUAUCAAUGGUUACCACACCGAGACAUCCUACCGCAACAACAAGAAAGAGACAAAUCGGGUGGCAGACUUCGAUAUUGGGUUCAAUCUAUCAAAGUACUUGCCCGCCCCUGUGGUGGUAGACGCCCACCGCACAGGCGGGGAGGGCUGGAGCCCACGAGUAGCUGUCAACAGCGACAAGGUCUAUCGUGGUAGCUGGCGCAAGACUCGUGCACCAGGCUAUAAGCAAGAUAUCGAGGUCGGGAAUGAGUCUCACCCCGACCUCAUGCGCUGGUGCGAUGAGUAUUGCGAGUCGAAGUCUGCUUUGAAAGUCUUCCGUGUCAGUCGCGAGGUACCAGGUCUCGACAGUACCUAUCUCCGCGAGAAUAUCGAGGGUCUGAUCCGCUCAACAGGCUACGGAGGUCACAUCAACAUUGCCUUUCCACUGGAAGACAAGCACGUCGACAUCUAUAACCCGCACUGGGUCAAUGAGUGGCGUAUCAGCUGGAUACGCUUCAUUUCCUACUUCACUUUCUUAUGGAUCUUCACCUGGCCAAUCCUGUUCUUCGUGACGAAGUACUGGAACGUGUAUACCAUCAAUUGGUGCUAUAGCUGGCAGAGUCCGCAGGGUAAGCGGUAUGCCGGUGGUCUGAGUGAGGAGGGUUGGGUGGAGAGGCAUGGGAACAUGAUACGAGGGUUGGCGCUCGAGAAGUAUCAGGGUGACGCUACGGAUUUGCCACUUGAUGCUGGGCCCAGUGAGGGUAGAGGAAGACUGCCGUCGACUGGGAAUGCUAAUGUGGAUGCUGCGGUUGGUCUUGUGCACGGUGGAGUCGGGUUGUGGAAUUCUUUGUCGAGAGGUGGAGGGGAUAGCAGUGCUUGGGGUGGUGAUUCUUGA